ACUUAUAGCAAUUGCUUGAGGCAGCUGCUACCUGAGUACAUGAUAAUUCCAAAAACUAUAAAACUAUCUAGGUACCGGAAGUUCUUAGGACAAUUCUUUUCCUAGGACAACUCUUCUACUACGACUACCUGUUUCACUCACUCGCUCAUCAGCUGAUCCUCAUACCACCACGUACUCUUCAUCCGGAUACUUCUUACGGACUUGGGGACUACUUACCACACAUCAACUUACAUUCCUAUCUUUCACUUGGUCUUACUCGGACUCACCUGACGACAACAUGGCACCUCCACGCCGCUUCAUCGUCAAUGAUGACGAGACUCCGCGGACCGUUGACGCCAAUAGAGAACUCUUAGCCAGCCUUGACCGGAUCACAACGCACUGGCCCCCGGUCCAUACUUGCUCCACAGGAUGGAAGUUUCAAGGUUUCUACAACGGACCAACCUCAAUCGCCUAUCUAUUCUACCGCCUAUCUCAAAUCUUCCCCGAUAUGGAGUUCAAGCAACAGACCCUCCUGGACUGGUCCGUAGCCUACCUCGCCCUAGGCGCCCACCGGACUAAGAAGGAGCCUUACUCGACCGACUGUGGCAUCACAAACGAGACCCUGGCCCAUCUCUCCCUCAGCGCGAUCAUGGAUCAAAACACCAAUCUAGUCCGGGAGAUCUGCUCCUUUGACCAAGACUGCAACGACAGACACCUCACUGGCUCCGACGAGUGGAUGUACGGACGCGCCGGCUACCUCUAUUUCCUGCGCUUAUGCAAGACCCUGGUCAACGAUAUUGAGACUCCAGAAUCUAGCACGGCGACCCUCCUCGACAAGACCAUCCAGAACACCAUGGUCCGCAUCCUAGCCAAUUCUCCGACACACUACUGGCACGGCAAGGAGUACUUCGGCGCCGCCCACGGCACUGUCGGCAUGGUCACGCAGCUCAUGCUCUCGCACCGGCUGAUCUCGUUCGGCGUACACACCAUACUCGAGCGGGUCCUCGACCGACAGUGUCCUAGCGGCAACUUCCCGCCCACGGCGCGGACACAGUACGAAGACUUCGAGCUCCCGCCGGAGGACCACUUAGUCCAGUUCUGUCACGGCGCGCCCGGCAUCAUCAUCGCGCUGCGCUCGCUGCUGCCGCACUUCCCGAAUAACGCGGCGGCGAUGCGGGACAGGGUCGAGGCCGCGAUGGAGGAGGCCGAGAAGGACGUCUGGAAACGGGGCCUGCUAACGAAGAACCCGUGCUUGUGCCACGGCAUCGCGGGCAACGCUCUAGCCCUCAGCCGGGACAACCACGAGAGGUUCCUGCACUUCCUGUCGUGGAUGAGCACGGAGGAGCUGGAGAAUAGGGGCUGGUUGGAGGAGGAGAAGAGGGCUGAUAGGGCUGCCGGCUUGUACACGGGCGAGGCGGGACGGGCUUGGGCUUGGGCAAUCGCGGUGAGCAACGGACCGAGAGUGCUUAUCGGGUUUAAUGACUUGUGAGGUUAGCGGAAAGCGGGUGAUGGUCUGGGACGGAUUCGGAGUGGUUGGUUGGUGAGGGGUAAGGGUAAAAGAUGAGGAUGGGAGAUCGGUCUGAGGAAGCUGGAGAAGGGCAAUCUCCUUUCGGGGUACCGGAUAUAACAACACCAGCGAGUAAAGGUAGCUGAGACUCUAGAUUUCCCCAGAUGCCCUCAUUUCUAAUGAGGUUAUGGGUUAUGAAUUACGAAU